AUGGGGCUGCACUGGCUCAAUAUGCAGUCAGACCUGCCCCAGACCGCUGUAACUAAGCACAACACCUGCUGUGUUACCAGAGGUGGAGAAGUGGCCGACGUGCAGUGCCACGUGGCGCUGCUGCAUAUGCUGUACUGUGGGGCGGCGGCCGAGGCGCAGUGCCACGCGGCGCUGGUGCGCAUGUCGCACUGCUGGCGCUGCCGCGGGCUGCAGAGGCGCGUCCGGCCCUGCGCCGGGCUCUGCCUGAACGUGCUGCGCGGCUGCCUGACGCAGCGCGCCGCCGAGCUGGACCUGCCGUGGAACGGCUACGUCGAGGCCGCCGAGAGGCUGCUCGCCGCCGUCCAGGGCCGGGCAGCCGUCGACGACGUGCUGCGCUCGCUCGACGCACGCAUCGCGGAGGCGGUCGCGGCCGCCGUCGAGCGGAGCGCCACUCUGCAGCAACAGGUGAAGAGAGUGUGCGGACCACACAUGUGGGACUAUGGUGUUACGGACGAGAACACUGCACACGAUGGAGUCCGUUCCAACGGCACUGCGUUCCAGCAGAGCUUGCCUGCACCAGACAGUGAUCAGCUAUCGUCGAAGCUGCAUCCCUUCAUGGCGAGCCUAAGAAAGAGCCGCGGCUUCUACGCCAACCUGGCCGAGUCGCUGUGUUCCGACGAGAGCUUCGCUGAGACCAGAGACACGGCCGACUGCUGGAACGGCGAGCGCGUCGGAGAGUACACAAAGACGGUCGUGGCAUCCAGUCUGAUCGCGCAGAAGUACAAUCCAGAGCUUGAGUGGGUUCCAGUCACGCCCGACCCGCGCAUUGCGGAGCUCAGCGACCAGCUGCGACACUUAAAGCAGGUGGUGGUCAGCCAGCUGACGGAAUCCCCCACGGCGCUGUCCCUCGUCCGCUACGUGGAGGGCAGCGGCGGCGACCGAGACGCCCCCGGCAGCUGGGACAGCGAGCCGGAGGACGGCUGGAGGGGAGAGGGCUCCGGCUCUGGGGAGAAGCCCGUCGUUGUUGGAGGUGAGACGAUGUCAACAGACAAUACUGUUUAUCCCUCUUCGGAUGAAGAAAGUGACAAACAAGGGACGAGUACUUCCAGUAACAGACUUCCAGCUGACACGGUGCUCGCUGUCUGCUGCGUUAUACUUACAAGUCGUGUUCUGUACGUAGCCAGUAUGUGGUAAUCAGCACAAUGCCUUCCUUAAGCCGUGUGCUUCAAAUCUCUUUCCGAUUCUACAUUUAAAGAGAUGUCAGAAACGACAUUAUGCCUAUGGAAAUCCAGUACAUAGAGCGAAUCACUCUGUGAUAACGUAAUUAAAAAGUUAUACAUUGCCCUCAAGUGGCAACUGUACCAAUUUUUUUUGAAAGAUUUAAUCACUUUUGGAAACGGUGUUGCCUUUGGAUGAGAAAAUGUCUAAUAGCAUCAAGAUACUUCAGAAGAUUUUAUAGCUCUUUGAGUAGCAGAUCGAAGUACAAAAGCCCUUGAUCUAAGAUCUCAUGUGUAAAGAAGGUGGUAUUCAUAUCGUUAAUAAAAAUUUCGUAAGCGUUAUACGUUUCAGCACUGACCAUUUAGGUGCUGAGUGUUUAUUUAAAUUAUAUACUUUGUGGUCUGAAAAGAAGACAAAAAACUGAAGAAUGUGACACAUCAAAGGAAACAUGAAAUAUCGUUUUCAUUGAAGUGUGUCUCACAAUGUAAUCAAUAAAAGCUGAAGAAUUUAACGAUGUUUAACAAUAAACUCUUACAGAACUUACAAACUUGUACAAAAUCAGUCAAAUAUUUUUGUACAAACCAAACAUCACGUUUAGAAUGUAACAUUCUUCUGUAUCAAUAGAUCAACUGCUUGUGUACAGCAAA